UUCUUGGUCUUUAUAGCUCUUUUUUGUUAAUGGGUUGUUAAUGGGUUUUCCAUCUCAGCAUGCCUAACAAGUCAUGUCUUUACAACUAAAAAUCAAUUGCACCGCAAGCUGUUCCCCAGGGCAUGAGCACAUACAGUAUUUCAAAUCAAGUGGCACCCUAAAUGUUCCUCACAUUUUUAGAACACUUCACAUUUUAUUCCAUACACAACAUUUGCUUUAGAAACAGGUUGUGUCAUAAUAAUACAAUCAAUAAAAAACACUUUCCAAAUAAGACAGACAGACAGACAGACAGACAGACAGACAGACAGACAGACAGACAGACAGACAGAUAGAUAGAUAGAUAGAUAGAUAGAUAGAUAGAUAGAUAGAUAGAUAGAUAGAUAGAUAGAUAGAUGAAGGAAUUACUUUUUCCAGGACCCAGGUUUCAUGUUAAACAGAAGAUUACCUGUGAUGACUGUAAAAAGGGCGUUGCGCAGUAAGAGACCUGAAAGCUCCGCCUCCACAAUAUUAAGGCUUGGGGAGAUGAAAUAGAGCUCAUAUACAGAUCAGACACAGAGCCCACACACAGGGAGCACACGAACACACAGACUGCUGCUGACUGCUUCAUCCAGACAAAAUGCGCUCAUUAUUUAACAAGCACUCCAACGUGCCGAGGUCUCGAAGCGCGUCUAACGCUUCCAGUUUAUCGGUGAUCGCGGGUUCGGCGGUAGUUUACUGCGUCACGUGCGAUCAGCCGCUCAGCUCCCGGUGCCUUAUUAACGGCGCACACCGGGAUCACCGCCUGAAGGAUCUAAAGGACACCGUUCACGAUCAAGUGAAAAGAUUAAAUGAUCUCAGUGGGAAACUGACAUCCAAAGAAAGGAGGUUUGGCAACCUUACAUCUAAGAUUGAAGCAGCAGAGCGCGAGCUCGAGGAUUUGUGCAGCCAGACACAGGAGCUGCUUCAGAAUGAAUACAGUACUCUGAUGAGUUUAAUCGAGCAGAAUCGGCAGCAGGCCUUUUUCAUCCUGAAUGCACAGAAGGAAACAAUGAAACGACAACUCCAUCAACUGUACGAGGAUAUACAUAACUACCAGAGCAAGUCUACAAACAUUGUCGAGGAAAUAGAGGAGGUCAACAGAAAACAGGACAGCGAGAACCCUUCCAGCCUCCUGGGGGAGAUUAAUGCGCUUGAGACCAGCCUGCACACGAUGAACGAGUUUUACUCCUCUGUGGACAAGAAGCUGAAAGUUGACAACACAAGACUGAAAGCUCUGGAAAACUCUAUAAAAAAAAUCGUGGAGAAAAACAAAGAGCUUCUGCCACGGCCAUGGGAAUUCUCAGAGACCAUCACAUUGGAUGAGAGUAAAGUGCAAGGAAAUGUUCAGAUCUCAGAAGACAAGACAGAGAUGUCACUGAGCCCUUCAAAUAGUCUGAGCACGCUGUCACCAUGGAAAAGCACACGGGCAUCUCAGAGCUUCAAAAAUGGCUUGCAUUACUGGGAGGUGGCAGUAGGAGGCUGUGAGAGCUGGGCAGUCGGAGUAGUGGAAAACAGCCGGGUUAAUGGCAUCCAAACUGCAGGCAAUGAAAAGAAUAUAUGGAUUCUGGAGUGCGACGGUGGCGAGCUCUCAGUGAUGCACAACAACGACUUCAGCACAGUAAAGGAGAGCAACAUCGAAACCCUCGGUAUCUUUGUGGAUUGUGAUAAAGGGCGACUGAAGUUCUAUAAUGUCAAUACAGGUAGCAUUCUGUACUCAUUUAUUGCUGAGUUCAAGCAUGCCAUAUUUCCCAUAUUUCGCAUGCGUGCGCAGAAAGACAGUUUGGCACAACUGAAGAUCUGCAACCUGGUAGAAAGAGAUAACAUCCAAAUCAUGAGCUCUGACAUGUCUGUCAUCUCAGAGUCACUGAACGAGGAUGUUAUGGAGUUAUCUUCUGAGAGCUCGAAUUAGGAUUUUUAAAUAAAAAAGUGGGUUUGCAUAUAUUAUAUUUAUUAUAAGUCUUGUCUAUUAAAAUGCAUGGAUAUUAAAAAAUAAAAUUUUUUUA